AUCACUUGAGGUCAGCAGUUCAAGACCAGCCUAGCCAACAUGGUGAAACUGCAUCUCUGCUAAAAGUACAAACAUUAGCCAGGCAUGGUGGCACAUGCCUGUAGUCCCAGCUAUUUGGGAGGCUGAAGUGAGAGAAUCACUUGAACACAGGAGGAAGAGCUUGCAGUGAGCCAAGAGAGUGCCACUGUACUUCAGCCUGGGCAACAGAGCAAGCCUCCAUCUCCAAAAAAAGUCAUAUCUGAAGGCUAUGUAGGAAUUUACUGGCUGAAGUAGUGGCAUUAAGGAAAUGAAAGGCCAGUGAGGGUGGAAAAUUAUCAUGGUAAGGGCUUGGUAGGAGAUGUGGGCUGGAACAGUAUAAAAGGCCAGGUCAUGCAAAACAUUGGAUCAUAUAAUGUGGACAAUCAGGGCAAGAGGAAGCCACUGAACAGUUCUUUUUUUUUUAUAAGAUGCAGUUUUGCUCUUGUUGCCCAGGCUAGAGUACAAUGGCACAAUCUUGGCUCACUGCAACCUCCACCUCCCGGGUUCAAGUGAUUCUCCUGCCUCAGCCUCCCGAGUAGCUGCAAUUACAGGCAUGCACCACCACACCCGGCUAAUUUUUGUAUUUUUAGUAGAUAAAAAGUUUCUCCAUGUUGGUCACGCUGGUCUUGAACUCCUGACUUUGUGAUCCGCCCGCCUUAGCCUCCUAAAGUGCUGGGAUUACAGGCGUGAGCCACUGCACCCAGCCCAUUGAACACUGUUAAGAAGAAUAAUGACAUGGUACAACUGGAGCUUUGGAAACAUGAUAUUGGAGGCAGAGUGGAAAUAUGGAGAUUGGGUUAAAAAGGGGCAAUGCUAGAAUAAGCAGAGAGGGCAACACCUUGUUGAUUCUGGGGAAUGAGAAUAUGAAGGUUCAUUAUAUUACUCUCUUCAUAUUUGUGUGCCGUUGAGAUUUCUCAUAUUCUAAAGUCUGUCUUCUUUUUCUUUUUAAGUUUUUAGAGAUAGGGUCUCACACUGUUGCCCAGUCUAGAAUGCAGUGACUUGAUCACAGUUUGUUGUAACCUGGAACUGCUGGGCUGAAUUGAUUUCUCCUGCCUUGGCCCUUCCCAGAGGACUGGGAUUAUAGGUGUAAAGCCACCGCACCUGGCCCAAAGCCUUCUUUUAAAGUAUAUGAACAGUAAGACCAAUUAGGAGGCUAUUGCAGCAGCCCAGAUAAGAGAUGAUAGGGACUUGAAGUCAUGUGGUGGCAGGGAAUGGAGCCAGGUAAUGGAGCUGAGAGAUGCUUUGGGAAGUAAAGCCAAAAAGUUAGUGACGGAUUGAUGCUAGGUAGCAUUCUGAGUAGAGAAUGACUCCACCUGACAAUCCAGGUGGAUCCAGUAAUAUAAGGCACCACAUGAAGAAAGCUACUUUCGGGAAAAUUAUUUUUACAUCAAACAUUCUCAUUUUGUAGUGUCUAUGCAAAAUGCAAGUAGAGAACUUCAGAACACAGUUAGAUAUCUGGGUCAUAAGUUCAUGGGAGAGGUCUAAGUUGUAGGUAAAAAUGUGAAGCACAGGAAAGUGCCAGAAGAGAGUGUCACGUGAUAAAAUAGAGGACCUGGGAUAAACCCUUUGGGAAGAGCUGUCUAAUCAAGGCUUCUGACAAAUAGGAUAUUUAAGGCUAACCUUAGAAAGAAAGUAGGGGUAUAUUUCCAUUGUGAAAAAAGAAAAACAGUUCAGUGCUAUAGCUACAUUUGGAGGAAAGGUGGCAGAAAGUUGAGGAAGAUUUCAUCUGUUGGUCACUAUUUUCCAUGUGAAUUAGAAGAACAAGCAUGAGAACUCUGAAAACAUAUCAAGAUUUUUGGGCAGCACAAAGACUUGAGUUGGGAAACAUGAUGUUUUCGUGCCACCACCAUCAAAGUUCAUCAUUGUUUUUCUUACUGCUUCACUCUUAUUUUCAUUUUGUGUCUUAUUAUAAUACAGCCCAUGACUUGACAGAUACUCAAUUAUGUAUAGUAGAUAGUUUGAGAUAAUUGAGUACUUAUCAAGUCUUGGGCUAUAUUGCAAUAUGAUGCAAAAUGUAAAAUACCUACUAUAUCUACCAUUAUCUACUGUAUCUACUACAUAUCCAGUACAGCUACUAUAGCUACUAUUCUAAUAGAAAUAGUAUGACUAUUUGCAUUAUUUUUUCUUAUAGGUCUCAGAAAAACCAACCAGGAUUACAGCUAUCAGAUUGGUUUCAUCCCAGGGCAUACACAAACUUGACUACGACUGAAUGGUCAGCUCCAAUUGUGUGGCAUGGCACUUACAAUGAGUCAGUUUUGGAAAAUUAUUAUGCAAAUCAUAAAAUUACUGUGGGGUUGACUGUGUUUGCUGUGGGAAGAUACCUUGAGUUCUAUUUGCCAGGCUUUUUGUUAUCUGCUGAUAAGUUUUUUAUGGUUGGCCAGAAAGUAAUAAUUUAUGUCAUGGUAGAUAACUUCUCUAAGAUGCCUUGGAUACAUCUGGGUCCCCUUCGUACAUUCAAAGUUUUUGAAAUUAAACGCGAGAGGAGAUGGCAAGAUAUCAGUAUGAUGCGCAUGAAAACCAUCAGUGAACUCAUUGUCAACCACAUCCAAUACGAAGUUGACUUCCUAUUCUGCAUGGACGUGGAUCAAACCUUCAGAAAAAAAUAUGGAUUGGAGACUCUGGGAGAGUCAGUAGCUCAGUUACAUACUUAUUGGUGUCAGGUAAAUCCUAAUCUAGUACCUUACGAAAGAAGUCAGUUAUCAGAAGCUUAUAUACCUAUGAACAAGGGAGAUUUUUAUUACCAUGCUGCUGUUUUUGGUGGCACUCCCCUUCAGGUUCUUGAUAUUGCCAAGGAGUGCUCCAAAGGAAUCAUCAAUGAUAAGAAAAAUAACAUUGAAGCAGUAUGGCAUGAUGAAAGCCACCUAAACAAGUAUUUCUUUCUCCAUAAACCCACCAAAAUAUUAUCACCAGAAUAUUGCUGGGAUUUUAAUCAUGAAAGGAAUUCUGAUAUCAAAACUGUGAAACUCUCUUGGAAUAUUAAGUAUUAUAAAUUUCUUAGGGUGACAGCAUAAUUUUAUAGCCCUUCCUUUAUAUUUCUGAAUCAUUUUGUCUCAUUCUUUAGAAAAUUGUCUUAUUCCUUAGAAAAGUUGCACUCUACAAAAGUUAGCACUAAAAAAUCACAAACAAAAUGGCAAGCCCACAACAGAGCAAACUUAUACUUUCCUUUACAUUCAUUUUGAAUCAUACAACAUGAGAUUUAAUAGUUGCAGAAUAAGUUUAUUGAAAUCAGAAGAGAUAUGAAUGUUGAAAUAUUAUUUGGUAGAUCAUAUCAAACAAAAUGGAUUCUGUUACAAAAAAAUGAAAUGUGAAAUACUUUCAUUGAUCCAAGUAGAUAUAAUUUUUUCCUAUUGCUUAAGGAAAGGAGUUAUCUAGAGGUGUGGGGAAAAGAAGAUCCCUACAACUAUGUCAAUAUGCCCUGUAUGUAGAACUUUGAAAACAUUAAAGCUGUCACCAAACUUUGAGUCAUUCUGAAAGAACUAUAUACUUUAAAACUACAGAGUUGUUUGUUGUAAAAACUUAUGAAAAGAAAAUAAAAAUACAUA